AUGAGCCCCCUGAAUUCAGCCUUCUUUAAAAACAUCACUUUUGACAAUAUUGUGAAACCUGACUACUUUUUCAUCAGUGGUCUUGCUGGUAUUCCCCACACAAAAUACUACCAUGUCUUCUUGUGCUUUGUUUAUGCUCUGACACUACUCGGAAAUGCUUUCGUUAUGUUUAUGAUUUACACCGACCACUGUCUCCACAGUCCAAAAUAUAUUCCAGUUUUUAAUUUGGCUGUGUCUGACUUGUGUGGAAGCACUGCAAUCGUUCCUCAGAUGAUUGACACCUUCCUGUUUAAAUCACAUUUAAUAUCCUUUGAGGCCUGCUUGGCUGAUAUGUUUUUUGCAAUUUGGUUUGUCACUAUGCAGUCUUUCACUCUCACCCUUUUGUCCUAUGAUAGAUGUGUUGCUAUAUGCUUACCACUGAGAUACAAUGAGAUUGUUACUAGUAAAUCAAUGCUGGUGAUCAUAGCCACAUUAUGGAUUUUUGCAGGAAUUGCCAUUCUCAUAGCUGUGAUUUUUAUUAGCAGACUAUCAUUCUGCAAAUCCACUAUGAUAGACAGUUAUUUCUGUGAUCACGGACCCAUACACCUUUUGGCGUGCAAUGACAACACCCCAAGUAUCGUGAUUAAUUGGACACAUCCUAUUAUGAUUCUCUGGUUUCCAGUACUUUUUAUCACAGGAACGUACAUUUGUAUAGGCAGAGCAUUGUUAAAAAUAGCAGCAGCCUCUGAGCGCCUCAAAGCCAUGCAAACCUGCACCUCUCAUUUGAUCUUGGUGAGCAUAUUUUAUCUUCCUCUAGGCUUUACCGCUGCACUGGGCUCCGCCAUUCACCAAAACGCCAGGAUCCUAAACAUGUCUUUGGCGUCCAUCUUGCCAUCUAUGGUGAAUCCAAUCAUUUACUCACUGAAGACAGAAGACUUCAGAGAAUCUAUUAAAAAGUUUUACAGAAGAAACAAGAGAGACAUCACUAAGGAAUAA